CUCACCCCACUUGACUCGCUCGAGAGCGCUCUGCCUACUCACAUCCAGCGGCUCUGGCUCUCCCCACCUCCGCAGUCCGUACGGUCUUCCCCACCCGACGAUCGCCAUCUCCCCCACCAGAAACGGACGGGAGUGCAUCGUGAUAGACUGAUAAUGCAGAGAUGAUGGCCCCAAGGCCACCAAUGGGGAGGAGCUCCAGCAGGUUUCCUGUGGCUGCAGGAGACCGGCUGAGCUCGUUGCCGGACCGACCUCCUUCACGCCAUCAUGUCGUUCCUCCCGGUGCGGCAGGCUGUGCAGACAUGUGUGCUGUCACGAAGGUGGGAGCACCUCUGGUGCUCCAUGCCAUGUCUCAACAUCGAUCAACCGGAGUUCAAGGCAAGGGGAGGUAGUCAGUUUGAGGAAUUUGUCAACAACCUGUUGAUGUUUCACAGUGCCACAUCGUUGGAUAUGUUCCGGUUUCGUUUUGCAUGCGGCUAUCAGUUUAAAGUCGUUGAGCGAUGGAUCCGCCGUGCAAUGAAGUGCUGCCCUGCAGUGAUGGAGAUAUACUCUUCUAGUGGUCUCUUUCAUAGAUUACCUCAUUUGGGUUCCAGUGCCUGUCGCCUCAAAAAGCUGCAUCUUGUUGCUAUUUCUCUGGACGAGAGUUUCACUCAGCAGCUUCCUUCUGGCUGCCCUGUCCUAGAAGAUUUGGAGCUCAACAAAUGCCAUCUUCAUUCUCCAGAAAUCAAGUCUUACACCCUGAAGAACUUGAUAAUCACGGGUUGUACAACUUACAGUGGUCGUGUGCUGACCAUCACAGCUCCAGCGCUAGUUUCUUUUUACCUGGUCAUUACUGUUGUUGAAUGGAACUCGGAUUAUGGUGUUUUGGUGAAUGAGAUGCCAGCCCUUGUAAAAGCAAAGGUUUGUUUGGAAAGCAGCUCACCAGAAGGACCAUGCAAGCUUCUUUGCAGUCUGACUAACGUGAGAAAUUUGGAGUUAUCUGGUUUAGAAACAUUGUCGAUACUUCGUGGGACAUCGGAUACUUUCCCAACAUUUUCUAAUCUCAGAACCUUGCUGUUCAAUGGAUGUGAUCUGAGUGAUGACUUCGGGAUGCUUGGAUGCUUUCUGAACAACAGCUAUAGUUUAGAGAAGCUUACUCUGGAACACUGCAAGCUUUCAGAAGGUUCCAAGAAAAGGAAAAGAAUGCAAAAUCCAAAGAGGAUAUCUAUAAAAUGUCAUGACACAAUAACUUUCCAGUGCCCGAACUUGAAGUUGACCGAAAUCAAGUAUAAAGAAGAUGACGUACACCAGCUGUUUGGCCUUUUGUCUGGCAUUUGGAGGAACCUACAGAAGACUACCAUCAUGCUUACUAAAGCUUGAAGUAUCUAAACCCAGUACCUUUUGCAAUGCUUCUGGCCUAUAGUUUCUUUGAAAUGUAGCAUGCCCUUUAUCAUCUCCCGCUAUCUUUCCAAGCAACUUGUUUUGAGUGGUUUUUCUAGAUGUCAAAUUUGCAACCGUGCUUACCACAUCUAUGUGACUAUGUAUUGGAGGGAAGUAAACCCUUUUCGGUACCCAAUGUUGCAUGUGUUGCUUCUUGCAAGAAAGGAAAAACUCUAGUGGAAUAUCGUAAGAAGCACCUUUACUUUUUAGAAAUGAACGGUUGUGGCCUAUGACCUGAUUGUGGUGAUGACUGAUGAUUGAUGGGCUGAUGGCCAU